AUGACUCUUGAUAGCCAAUUUCGUAUUAAAGACUUGGGGGAAGUCAAUUACUUUCUUAGACUUCAAUUUGGCAAGGUGGCUGAAGGUUUAGUUGUUCAUCAACAAAAAUUUUCUCAAGAAUUACUUGCACUCUAUUCUAUGGAAGAUGUUGUUCCAGUUUCUACUCCAUUGCCUCACAAUCUUAAGCUAUUACUGCUUAUAGACAAUCCUCUCAAUGACCCUACAUUGUACAGACAACUAAUUGGCAAGUUGAACUUUUUAUUUCAUACUCGACCAUACAUAGCUUUCACUGUACAACAUUUGAGUCAUUUUAACAAAACUCCUUGUCAACAACAUUAUGAUGUUGCUUUACACGUAUUGAAAUACAUCAAAGGCACUGUUAAUCAAGGUUUAUUCUUUAAUAAACUUUCUAACAUUGAGGCUUAUUGUGACUCAGAUUGGGCAGCAUGCCCAAUCACAUGA